GGCAGUUCUGGUCCAAGGAGAAGGCAAAUAAAACUUGAAAUAUAUUGGCCAGAGCAAACAAAAGGCCACACAACACACACGCACACAUGUGCUUUGUGUCCGAAAUAAAAUCACAUAAAAUGCGACGAAAUCUGCAGCAUGCAUUAAACAACGAGCUGGCAAACAUACAAUAUUCAAACUAAGUGAGCUCACAAGUCCGGCAAUUCAUAAGGAAACCCUGAUAAGUCCUCGACUUGGUCCUUCGCACCGGAUCCUGGAGAGAUGCCGUCAAUGGAACCCUGGCUGGGGGGCGAUUCCUGGCUGGGGAUGUUGCGGCUCCGGCUGCAUAAAUCAAACAUGGACUUCACGAGUCUGGUCUGCUGCAGCCUGGCCUUCGUCCUAUAUCUGAACACCCUGAACGCUGGCUUCGUCUACGACGACAGACGCGCAAUCCUGGCCAAUGCGGAUGUCUCGGGCGGAACUCCGUGGCAGCGGAGCUUCUCGAACGACUUCUGGGGCACUCCGCUGACGGACAGCGGAUCCCACGGCUCGUGGCGACCGCUGUGCGUGCUCAGCUUCCGGCUGAACUAUCUGAUUGGAGGGGGAUUUGCGCCGUGGGGCUUCCACCUGGUCAACAACCUGCUCCAUUGUGUGGCCACAGCGUUGGUGGUGCGGGUGGCGCGCACCCUCUUGGCCUCCGUUUGGGCCGUUCUGGCCGCCGGCACCCUCUUUGCGGCCCAUCCCAUUCACACGGAGGCGGUGGCCGGGGUGGUGGGGCGGGCGGACGUGGCCGCCUGCGUCUGCUACCUGCUGACGUACCUCAGCUACCUGCGGCACAUGAGGUGGCGCGAGUCCGGCGAUCCCCGCCAGUGGCUGGGCCUGGGCGUCACCCUGCUCCUGGCCUUGGCCGGUCUACUCUGCAAGGAGACGGCCAUCACGGCGCUCCUCGUUUGCGCCCUCUUCGACGUGAUGCGCGGUCUGAGCGGCCAGGUGGACAAGCAACGCCUUCGAUCCGUUUGCAUAGUUCUGGGCGCUCUCUUCUGCGGCGCUUAUUACCGCCUGGUCAUCGUGCCCGGACCGCAGACGGCCUUCUCCAGCGCGGACAACCCCAUUGCGAGGACUCCCUCCACCUGGACGAGAUUGCUGACCUUCCUCUACCUGCCCGUUUUCAAUUUGAGGCUGCUGCUCCAGCCGAAUGUCUUGAGUUUCGACUGGGGCAUGGAUGCCCUGCCCAGAGUGACUUCUUUGUGGGAUCGCCGGAAUGCCCAGUCCGCCUGUUUUUAUGCGGUGCUGGUGGGCGUGGCGUGGCUCAGUUGUCGGCAACUGGUGAGCGGGACCAAGGAGGUGACGCCCAAGGGGGAUGCAUCCUAUCCGCAGUACCACAUCCAGAAGGUGGCCAGUCGCAAGUCGCGCUCCAAGCGCAAGCGAAUGGCCAACAACAGCAAGUACCAAGCCUUUGAGGCAGCCUAUCAUCACCCGGAAGCGCUUCCAUGUCGGGAUUGCAACAACAAUAAUAGCAGUGGCUAUGUUUAUGAAGGGAGUACCCACGUUUCGCAAGCCCAAGCCCAAAACCCUCACCUCGUGUCUUCCGCCUUUCGCGGCUCCCGAAGCAGCAGCAGUUGCAGCAAUAGCACCAAUAGCUCCACUUCCAGCUCCUCGAGUUCGAGUUCGAGUAGCAGUAGCUCCAGUUCGAGUGGUGGCUACCUCUGCUCCGCCAAGGACUACGCGCUGGAGGGGAUGUCGCCGGGAAAUCGACAUGCCUGCGUCCUGCUAAUGUCCUUCAGCUUCCUGGCUCUGCCCUUCCUGCCAGCCAGUAAUCUGCUCUUCUACGUGGGAUUUGUGGUGGCCGAACGACUGCUAUACCUGCCCAGCGUGGGCUUCUGUCUACUGGUUGGAUAUGGCGUCUCCAAACUGAUGGCCUGCAGCCAGAGAACCCGCUGUGCCCUACUACUGAGCUUCAGUGUCCUUUUGGCUGCCAUGAGCCUGCGAACCUGGCGGAGGAACGCCGACUGGCGGGACGAGGAGAGCCUGUACCGCAGCGCCAUUGCCAUCAAUCCGCCAAAGGCGUUGGGCAAUCUGGGCAGCGUACUCAGCUCGCAGGGGCGUUAUGAGGAGGCCAAACAUGUCCUGCAGGAGGCCAUUAAAUACAGGCCCAACAUGGCGGAUGUGCACUUUAAUCUGGGCAUCCUGCACCAGAAUCAGCAGGUCUACCCAGCAGCCGUCGAGUGCUUUCAGCGUGCCAUCAAGUUUCGACCAAAUCUGGCGGUGGCCUACCUCAAUCUAGGCAUAUCAUUUAUAGCGCUGGGCAAGCGACAGCAGGCCAUCGAGAUCCUGCAGGCGGGCUGCAAUUUAGAUGGGGCCUCUGUUCGAGAUCGAGGGGCUCAUGAUCAGGCCCGCAGCUCGGCCUACUUGCAGCUGGGAGCCCUCUAUGUGGAGCAGGGAAAACUCCAACGAGCUCUGGCUGUCUAUCGAGAGGCUCUUUCUUCCCUGCCGGGAUUACCGCACCAGCGGGAAGUCCUUUACCAGCGUAUCGGGGAUGUCCUUGGUCGCCUUCAGCAGUGGGACGAAGCGGAGCGCCACCAUCGCGCCGCCCUCGAACUGCAGCCCAACCAGGUGGCUGCUCAUCUUUCCUAUGGCAUCACUCUAGCCAGAAAUAGUAGUCGUGCCUCGGAAGCAGAGAUGUGGUUCAAGCGAGCCCUGCAACUGGCACCCGACCAAGCCAGCGUUUAUCAUCAUUAUGCCGAGUUUCUCUCGCUGCAGUCGCGUCAUCAUGAGUCCGCUAUCUAUCAUCGCAGAGCCGCGGAAUUAGCGCCCAACGAUUAUGCCCUGGUGGUGGCAGCUGCCACGGCAAUGCGACUGCUGGACAGGAAAGUGGAGGCAGAGAUGUGGUACAGAAAGGCUGUGGUUCUGCGACCGGACGAUGCCCAUGCCCACACCAAUCUGGGGGCCAUAUUGCAUCUGCUGGGUCGCACGAAUCAUGCGGCUGCCAGUUAUAAGGCGGCCCUGCGACUUCAGCCCGGAGAUGCCAUCACGCUGGGCAACCUGGCCAAGCUGGGUGUGACGAAUGUCUAGCAAUUGUAGUGGUCACUAUAGCCAACCAGCUAAUGAUUAAGUUAAUAAGCCACAGAGCAGAGAUAUUUUUAUAUAUAGUAAACAAAAAGGGAAAAAAGGAAAGGAAGAGCGUUAGAUAACUCUACAGAAUUUAUACAAAGGACUUCGAUACAUAUGUAUAUCAUUUAGCAGCUGGCAGCCGUGUAAAUAUCCAAGCAGCGACCAAAGAAUGUCACAAAAUAGAUAGAGAUACCGAUACCAAAACGGAGCAGACAAAGAUUGAGAGCUACAGAUACAGAUAGAAUCAGUGGAGAAGCGACAGAGAGAACAAUAAUUAAAGUAUCUAAUUGUUAAGGGAACGAGUUACUGUACAGCUAAAGAAGCGGAAUGGAUCUAUGGGAACGAUGAUUGGGUAACUACUCGUAAUGUGCUUAAAUAUCCGUGUAAAUUACUGUAAAUAUGAGACACCCACAGGGCAAUUGUGUGGGUCAUAUUAUUGACUAUAUAUAUACGAUAUGACUUGGCUUCUCGAGAUUGUUUUGUCCGUUGUGUGUACAUUUUAGUUAAGCAAAUACAGAUACCAAUAAAGAAAUGUAUGGAUUGUAUAAAGAUAUGGCAAGGAGAAUAUAUAAUAAAACCAAAUGAAUUGAAAUGAAUGAAGUAUGUGUU